ACUCGCUCUGCUGUGAGUGCGCGAGGGCAGAGAGAGUUGACUGAUCGAUGAGCCCAGCCUUGUCCCAAGAGAGCCUGAAGCUUCAGAGGAGCAGCAACGCGACUAGAAUGGAGUUGGGUCUUCUGCUGUGGAUGCUUUUGACCUUAACGGGAAGCACAUCCGCGGUGCUCGAGCAGUACAGAGCCGUGGAUUGGUUGACCAGAUAUGGCUACCUUCCUCCUCCUGACCCGCGCACAAGUAAACUGCAGACCAAAGAGGGGAUUGAGAAAGCCAUCAGAGUCAUGCAGAGAUUCGGAGGGGUCCAGGAAACCGGGGUGCUCGACAGUGAAACCCUCAAACUCAUGUCUACGCCUCGAUGCUCUCUCCCUGAUAUCGUUGGGAAUGAGGACAUGCUGAGGAUGAGGAGGAGGAGGAGGAGGAAAAGAUACGCGCUGUCAGGCCUUAAGUGGCAUAAGACAGACCUCACAUGGAGUGUGCACAGCUACCCGUCGCCCGUCCUCUCAACCAGAAUGCCUAACAAUUUGGUGGACAGCAUCCUGACUCAAGCUUUUAAAGCCUGGAGCGACGUGGCCCCCUUGAGCUUCCGUCGGCUGCAGAGUGACAGCAGGGGGGCGGUAACUGAAGGGGACAUCAGAGUGACUUUUGCCCGCUUGCUUCACGAGGACGGGUACCCUUUUGACGGGCAGGGUGGCACCCUGGCCCACGCUUUCUUUCCCGGCAGGAAUGAGUUGGCGGGUGACACACACUUUGAUAAUGAUGAGAUCUGGAGCUACGGAGGUCAAAGCAGCAGCACAGACUUGUUCACAGUUGCAGUGCACGAGUUUGGCCACGCGCUGGGCCUGUCCCAUUCCUCCUCUGAUCCGUCCAUCAUGAGGCCGUACUACCAGGGGGCUGUGCCGGACAUUCCCAACUUCCAGCUGCCCAUGGACGACAGGCUGGCCAUCCAGCAGCUUUAUGGUGUGAAGGAUGGCCGACCACCAGGAGGUGUUGAUCCUGACCUCCCACGCCUGCCCAGUCCACCUCCUGCUAGACCAACACAGCCUUUUGAUCCCUCAUUGCACGAGCGCUGUCAGGGAGGCUUUGACGCAGUCGCAAAUGUCAGAGGAGAGGUCUACUUUUUUAAAGGUGCACACUUCUGGAGAACAAAGCGAGACAGGUCUUUGGAGUCCAACAAUCCGGCUCUGAUCAAAAACUUCUGGCUCGGCCUUCCGCCAGGAACAAACAAGAUCGACGCCGUGUACGAGAGGAAGAGCGACGGCCGCAUCAUCUUCUUUAUUGGAUCUCAGUACUGGGUAUUCAAGGACAGGGAGGCCAUGAGCGGCUACCCUCGACCCCUCUCCGAAUGGGGCAUGAAGACAAAGAGCGGGGAGCUGGUGGACAGGGUGGAGGCAGCCUUCAUCUGGGCCCACAAUGGCAAGACAUACCUGUUCAGCGGCGGGGAGUUUUGGAGGUUUGACGAGGGCCGUAAGGGCGAACAGGUGAUCAGCAAGCCGGAGCCGGGCUACCCGCGGAACAACAGCCUCUGGGAAGGAAUGCCUCUACACAUGGAUGACGUCAUCAGCUGGGGAGAAGGAGAUGCCUACUUCUUCAAGGACAACCUUUACUGGGUGCUGCAGAACCAAGAUGUCGUCACUCCAAAGUCCAUCGCUGUAGACUGGCUCAGAUGUCCAGCUCCGCCUACAACCUUCCCUCCUCGAAACCCAAAGGAGUGCAGCUGUAACUUGAACGGAUCAUCUUCAUUUCUAAGAAGCAGCUGGGUCCUCAUGAUCUCUGUUAUAUUGGCAAGUCUUGACUUUAUUAGAAAAUAGAUAACUGAGUGUGUUUUCUGAAGUGGCUGCAGGCUGUUUUUGUACUACUUCGCUUGUUCCACUGGAGGCUAAGAGAGGCUCUUUACACCACCAUACACUCACAGUACAUUACAACACACUGGCUGGUUUCAAAUUACAUAGUAUGGUCAUAAACUAUCCUCCCAGUGCACACCCGCUCUAUAUGCUGAAUACCCAAUUGCAUAAAGCCCUGUGAAUCCUCUUUUUAUUUAAAGAAGGAAAGAAAGUUUUGGUGACAUAGAGCCGACCCAUGGCAGUGGUAGUCCAUAUUUGAUAUGAAUUUGCUGCUGGUGGAUUCAUGAUGGACUCUGAAGGAGUUAUGUCGCCCUCUGCUGGUGGUUUGCAUUUAAAGCACAGAAAGAGAAACUUGUGAAUUUUGAGGUUUCUGUGUAAACUUGAGUUUCUAUUUGUACUAUUUUGUAAAUGAUAGUUUAUAACCAUAUCUAAUAAAAAGAAACACUGCUCUGGAA